UUUUACUGUAUCUAUUUCUCACGAAUCUGGUUUUUUCCAGCGUAUUUUCUGUUUCCAUGUGAAGCGCAUCAAUGGCGGACUGGUCUCAACUACCGAAGGAGCUGAUAGAGGAAAUCGCCAAUAGACUUCAUAGCCCUAUCUAUCUUCUUCGUUUCCGAUCCGUUUGCUCUUCGUGGAGGUCCGCCGUCAAGCCUCGGACCUUGACGAGCCGAUUUCCUUUUCUCCCAAACGAUGGGAUUUCCGACAACACCUGGGGUUUCCAUCUCUCCAAACACAGUAUCUUUCUCAUGGGUUUGUCUGGAACUGGUGCCGAAAUGAACCCAGAUCGCUGGUUGAUCAAGAUCGAAGAAAACGUGCCUGGUAGCAUGCACCUGCUGAACCCUCUUUCGAGGCUUCGAAUUUCCCCACUUCCUAAUGAUUUUCCGAAGGUAUUGGAUUCAUCUAAUUAUAGGGUUAUCGAAUUGGGUCAAGAAUACGUUCUUCAUUACGUUCAUUUUAGGCCUUAUGGUGGUCGUAAUGCUGGUAAUCUGUAUAUGGAGAAGAUUGUCUUCAUGUCGUUGGAUUCUGAUGGCCAUGAUUUUGUAUUGCUUACCAUACAUGUUUCGGGGAAAUUGGUUAUGUUUAAGUCUGGUGAUAAGCGUUGGUCUGUGAUUAACGAUAUGCCUUCGCCUUAUGACGAUGUGAUAUUGUUCCAAGGCAAUUUUUAUGCUGUUGACUGCACUGGGCGUGCUGUGCUUGUUGGGUUGUCUUCAAAUGUGAGUUUGGUUGCAAAUCCUGAGUUUGGUGGUGACAAAAAGUUUUUGGUAGAGUCAAACUGUGAGCUUUUGAUGGUUGAUUUGUAUUUGAGUUUGGUUCCGGAGCUGAGUGAUUUGGAUGAUGGCGAAGAUUACUGGUACUCUCCUCCUGUGUUUAUGGGAGAGAAGACUGUUAAGUUUAAAGUUUUUAAACUUGUAAGAGAAGAACAGAAGUGGGUUGAAGUGAAAAACUUGGGGGAUCGGGUGUUGUUUCUGAGUGAUGAUUGCACAUUCUCUGCCUCGGCUUCUGAUUUAUCUGGUUGUAAGAAUUGUAUAUUUUUCACGGAUAAUUUCUUCUAUACCAGUGAUGACGACGAUGAAAUGUUCAAGAGCCGUGCUAUAGGUGUCUAUGACUUGGAAAGUGGUAGUAUAGCACCUUUAACUGAUUUCCCUGAAUAUUCAAAGCUCUUCUGGCCACCCCCUGAUUGGCUAAAAUUGAGGACAUCAGAAGUACAAACUCAACUUGAAGAACUGACCUUGUAAUUGGAUGAAAAUGGUCAUUCGCAGGCCUGGUUCUAACGACCCUUCAUGGUAAAUCUUGUAUGGCAAUUUCUGAUAGCCAUUCCUCCAUCUAAUUCAGGUGUUGUUUUCAGUACAGUCAAUUGCAAAGGAGGAAUGUCCCUGUCGGAUGUCCAACAAGCAGCUUAAAAGAAAAAACUUCCUUGCAGGCCAAAAAAGUUGCAGUUCAUAUUUUGGAACCAAGUCAAUUUUACCUGCAGGGAUCUGGUUUCUGUUUUCUUUUGGUCUGAUCAUGGGGAUGGGAUUUGCUUUAUCAGGCAAUACUCUUUGAUUAUGUAAAUGAUUUGGAUGGUAGAACUACAAAUACCCUGAUUUUUAUGUUUCUUUUAAGUUUAUAGCAGCCUCCAGUUUUUCUAA